CUCGCUGUGUCAAAUUUAGUGCCAUAUAUUACUUGUAAUAUUACAAAGUCUGGUGUCUUGUGACGCUGCUUUAUUACGCUGACUCUCAUAUAACAGCGAAUCUUGCAUUAGGAAAUAAAACACUUACCGCGCUCAUAAUCUUCGUUUUAAAAAGAUUUCUGUGUUAGGAAAUAAAAACACUUCUUUGUUUUAAAAAGAUUUCUGUGAUAAUAUUACAUGGAUGACAGUUAAAUGUGUUGGCCUUGUGACAUUUGUGAUGUAUUUGACUGGACUUCUGUGCAUUCUUUGCUUUACUAACUUCAAGAGAUGUUAUAAGACUGAACGUCAGUGAAUUUCUCAUCUUCGGAGACCCAUGCAAAGGAAUUUUGAAAUUCGUGGAAAGGAAUUUGUGUAGAUAUUUUUGAAUGUUUCAGUCAAAGAACGAAGAUAUGAAACUGCCACGUGAGCGGAAAAACGUGAAUUACUUGUAUUGAUGGACUGCUUGCGAUUGGUGCAGUUCACUUAUUAAGUUUACUGUUAGUUGCUCGUUCGAGUGAGUAACUCUUCUAAAUAUUGGAAAAAUUGAAAUUUGAAGUUGAAUCCGUGCCUAGUGUUUGUUUUGAGAAACAUGUGUUACAAAUUACUAGUGAAUUAGCGCUUAGCUUAGAAUAAUUUCACUAAGUUCUGUUGAUCUGAAAAAAACUUAUUCGUGUUGUGGGUGUUCAAGCGCCAUUUAAGAAUUAACAGACUGAUAAUGUAAUAAUAUCAAUGAAUUUUCUGUCGAAGCGCGCGAAAUUUUUUGUUCGCAACAACCUCAGUUUUUAGGAAUGCGAAACUUUGUUCAGGCAAAACGGUAUUCCUGUAGAAAUUCACACCGUUUAACAUUUCCUAAUUAAAUUUACUACUGAUUAACUCUGAAAAUUAUCGUAGAUAAAAGUAUUAGGAUGCCUAUGGCAAUUAGUGACGUGUCAAAGAACUGGUACGUCGUGACGACGUUCAGAAGGACGAUGAUGGCAGCGACGUAGCGAGGCUAACGUUCACUCCUGAUGAUGGCCGCUCUCGGGCUCUCGAAACUCUUCAUUCUCGAUAAAUAUUUCUCUGAACUGCAAAAGUUUUACGAAACUGAAAAGAAAUUACAAGAUGUAUGCAACACAACUGAAGCUGCUCAUCUGGAGCAGCAGCUGCGUUCGCUGGGCUGUGAACUUGUAACUCUGCGGUCUCGGCUGCCAGCAACAGCUGUAACAUCUGCACAAAAUAUAACACCAAACAUAUCAAACAACAACAACAACAACGAGAGUGAAAACUGCAACAAGCCUGAAAAAAUUCUUCCACCACAGCUGCCAGCCGUGAACUCGAGCCGCAUUAACCACCCAAAUUUGCUCGACUUGAACCCCCCGUUGCGCCAUAACCCCUCGACCCUGGCUGGCACUACCAACCCUCCUAACCUAAAGAACCCCAGAAAUUUUUCUCGGGUUAACAGCAAUACGCGGACAAUCGAAAACUCAUCCUACAAUUCUCAUAGUUUUGCCCCUCGUGCCGCUCUGCAUCAGUCCGAAGAGAUUUGUUCUUCGGCAACCACGACCAACAACUUCAGUAACGGCAAUUUUCACGCCAACAACAACAACACAAAUAUCAGCAGUAGCGACUUCCACCGUAUCCAUCAAAAUUCAUUUAUCCUGCGGCACAGUCGCCCACAGCCGCUGCAGAUCCACCAAAAGCAUCCUACACAGAAGCCUCCUGCCGCUCCCCCUCCUGCUAAACAAGGACUUCUGAAACCUCCUGCCCAAGUACAAGCCAUCCACCAAAUCCCGGAUCGCGCUCCCAAAGAAAAUCCUGCGAGUGAAUCCGCUUCUAAAAACUCAGCGACGGGAGGUGAGUGA